AUGGAGACUUGUGAUGGAGGGGAGAUUUGUGAACCAAAGGAGCUCCGUCAAACACAGAAGCUGUGUCGAUUCUUCUCUCAAGGAAGACGCUGCAACUUUGGGGCCAAGUGCAGAUAUUUACACAUAAGAGUUGAUUUGUCAUCUGAUCACAAAGAAGCAGUCAUGCCCUCCUGCCAGGCUGACAUUCCCUCUGCUGAUCACGAGGGUGGUAUAGAGCAAAUUCCUCUUCUCAUUGGUAAACCAAGGGCGUCUUCAGGUGCCGGACGACGUGCCUGCCGCUACUUUUUGUCAGGGUACUGCACGAUGGAGGACAGGUGUCGCUUCUGGCAUCCACCGCAGCUUCCCUCAUUGGGUGGCCAAGUGGAAUCAAACGAGAAGAAUGGCUUGGUGCAAAAGAGAGCACCGGCACCUCGGCCAAAUGUCCUCCAGGAGGUCAAACUGUGUGAGCUGACAGAGGAUGUUAUCGUGCAGCUACGGGACACUGAGAUCAAGCAGCUGAAGAAGCGGUUUCCCAAAGACAGACUUAUAACUCAAGAACGAAGUGACGGCAAGGUUACAUAUUACAGAGCCACUGUGGAAGCCACUGAUCCAGACUGGCCUUUUGAUCUGAAAGAAAUCGACAUCAUGGUGAGCUUUCCAGAGACUUAUCCACAAGAGAUUUUCACCCUUGAUAUCCCAUUGGACCAGGAGCUGCCUCGAGUAAUGGGAAGGCAUGUGCAGCAGUCAUCAUUGGAAUGGCUUCAGGCUAAGCAUGCUACCAAUCAACUCCUGGGGAAAGUGGAGCUGCUGUUCCGGCCUUUUCUCCGCUGGCUCGACCGCAGUUUGGAGAAGCUUUUUACGGAGGGAGCCAGACUGCUGAAAAAGGACAUUGCUGUAGAAAAAGCCGGGCUACAGUUCAUUCCCUACCAGGAUCUGCAGGCAACAGUGUGUGAAAAAACAAACAAUAGUUCAUGUGAAACCAACUCUGACACUGUGAAGGAAGAGGAGGAGACUGGCAAUGUAGCAAGAAUCACUAAAUGUGACAUAGAAGAAGGUGUCGCAGGUUUUGAUGAAAAACAGCGAGCAGGUGAUGAUGAUGAGGAAGCCACUCACCUGGUGGAGAACAUUAAGAUCAGCGAAGUCCGUAGAGGCACCGAAGUGAGGCUGCUUGGCUUAACGCUGGGAGAAAACACUGCUACUGUGGUCGGCCAUAACAUCACUGUUUGUCUUCGGUGUAACAGGUGCAAGGUUACGGCAGACUUGACACUAAGUGGGAAGACUGCUUGCACCGCUAAUUGUGAAAAGUGCAGUGCACGAAUAACCGCUGCGUUUAGACCCUCCAUGCUGCACCACUACAGUGACGUGUUGGGGUACCUGGACCUCCAAAAUGCUGUUCCUUCUGACCUAGUGCUUCAAGACUGUCAGCUCAAUGUGGGCUGCCUCAGCUGUUCCCAGGAAAGCUUUGUCCAGAACCUAUGCUAUGGUCAAACAAAGGAGGUCAAUUGUGAAAACUGCCACGGCAAGCUUAGUCUGUUGGCUGAGAGUGCCAGAUUCCAAUACAUUCAGCCACGCAGCAACAAAACAGAUUCAAGUGCUGGUACUGUCAAUUUGAAAACGAUAAGAGAUCCAGCUGUUCAAAAGGGGAAGCCACUACCAGAAAAAGGAGCAUGCAAGCAUUACAAGCAGAGCCAUCGCUGGCUCAGAUUUCCGUGUUGCGGCCGGGCUUACCCUUGUGAUGUGUGCCACGAUGAAGACCAGGACCAUCCCAUGGAGCUCGCCAGCAGGAUGAUCUGUGGGUACUGCGCCAAAGAGCAGCCAUAUAGCAACGGGAAGCCUUGCAUCAGCUGUGGAAGCAUGAUGACUAGAGGUGCUCACACCAGUCACUGGGAAGGAGGACUGGGCUGCAGGAGCAAAAUCAAAAUGUCAAGAAAUGAUCGGCAGAAGUACGCCAACACCAACAAGACGAUUUCGAAGAAGGCCAGUGAAAAGAAAUAA